AUGAUAAUAACAAUAAUAUUUGAUUUUGAAAGGGUGCAAUUCUUGGAAAAACAGGAAGUAGAAGAUGAACAUUCAUAUUGCUUCAACUAUCUUCCUUCUCAUCAUCAUAAAUCUGUUUAUUCCUCAAGUAGACGCUUGUGCUUGCCUUUCCAGUGGCGAGGCCAAGCUCCUCCUCCAGGAAAAUGCAACGAGGUGAACAGCUCUGCCAGCUGCGCCGCGGGUCAGGCUUAUGACCUUUACGAUUGUUCGUCCCCAGUUUCACGCCAUACAAAGGCAAACCUGACUCUUCAAAGCUUCGAUCAUGCGGGGGAUGAAGGUCAGCCAGCUGAAUGCGAUCUUAAGUACCAUGACGACGAUGAGCUCAUAGUGGCGCUUUCGACUGGGUGGUUCGAUCACAAAGGGAGAUGUUCUAAGUUCAUCAACAUCCGUGACAGUGGAAGGCGUGUUAGAGCAAAGGUUGUGGAUGAAUGUGUGUCCAGCGGGGGUUGUGAUGAUGCUCAUGAUUACGAGCCACCUUGUGGUAACACCAUCGUUCGUGCCUCCAAAGCUGUUUGGAGUGCUCUGGGAGUCCCCGAUACUCAAUGGAACAGAUUGGAUAUACAUUGGUCUGAUGCAUACCAUAUUUAUGUCGGUGUGCAUCAUCUGUAUCAUGCUGAUUGA